AUGGCCGGGAGAGGUAAGGCGAUCGGCUCGGGCGCCGCUAAGAAGGCCAUGUCCAGGAGCUCCAAGGCCGGGCUCCAGUUCCCCGUGGGAAGGAUCGCCAGGUUCCUCAAGGCCGGCAAGUAUGCCGAGAGGGUUGGCGCUGGCGCCCCCGUCUACCUCGCUGCCGUGCUCGAGUAUCUCGCUGCUGAGGUUCUCGAGCUUGCCGGGAAUGCGGCUCGUGACAACAAGAAGACCCGCAUCGUGCCGCGCCACAUCCAGCUCGCCGUCCGCAACGACGAGGAGCUCUCCCGCCUGCUGGGUACCGUGACCAUCGCUAGCGGUGGUGUCAUGCCCAACAUCCAUAACCUGCUGCUCCCCAAGAAGUCCGGUGGUGGCAGCGCCAAGGCCGCGGCUGGUGAUGAGGACUAG